CUACGCGUAUAUCGGCUCGAAAGUCUUAGUCCUUAGCUCACGGACACUGUCUUUAGCAUUCGCUUAUAUUUUCGCGUUCUAGGGUUCUAGAGCGCUCAAUUUCUUCUUUUUAGGGCGGGAUUUGGAGGGCGCUGCCGGCGAUGCGCUGAUGGCGGUGAUGAAUGCGUUGCGAAUUGGCCAAAUCCACGGCAGUGGCGUCCAAUUCAAGAGAAAUUUUCAGAGCUGGGGACAAGCUCCAUUCCAGCCAGGUCUGCGGUCGUCUAAUUGCGCAUGGCUUUACAACCAGGAUUUGUGGUGUGUCCAUUUGUGGGCUAGCUUGAGAGCUGUUCCAAAAUGUGCAAUCAGCAAGCCCAAUGUGGUAUCUUCAUGCCUCGGACUUACAUCGACACGAAAGGAUUUUCACCAAAUCUUUUCUACUGCACUGGCAAAAGUGCUCAGUGUGUUGAAAGCGCAUCCAGUUUUCUCGAGCUGUGCUCCUCCUCUGGCCAUGAUAUUUUUCGCGGUGUAUGGACUACUUCCGACGAUAAAGAUGAUCCAGCAAGGCGUGUUUGGGAAGGAGAGCUGGCAUAAAUCUCAAACGGAACACAUAUUGGUAGCUUAUGUGCGCCCCUUACUUAUCUGGAUGGGUGUUAUCUCCAUUUGCGGGUCUAUCGAUCCUGUGGUCUUGUCAUCUGGAGCGUCGCAGGCAAUCAAAGAUCGAUCAAUUAAUUUUGUAAGGUCAUUAUCAACAGUCCUCGCGUUUGCGGUGUGUGCAACGAACCUAACCGAAAAAGUUCAAAAGUCUUUGGAAACACCCGAUUCGGAUAAGGGCCGAAAUCUCGGGAUUCAAUUCAUCAGCAAUGCUGUCCGGUCGUCUGUUUGGGUAGCAGCGGUCUGUCUUUUCAUGGAACUUCUAGGAUUUUCGACUCAAAAGUGGAUCACGGCUGGAGGCCUUGGAACAGUUCUUGUUACGUUAGCAGGCAGAGAGAUUCUUACGAACUUUCUAUCGAGUAUUAUGAUUCAUGCUACUCGACCUUUCAUAGAAAAUCAAUGGAUACAAACAAAAUUUGAAGGCCAGGAGGUUUCCGGGACUGUUGAGCACGUCGGUUGGUGGUCUCCAACUGUCAUUCGAGGUGAUGACCGUGAAGCCGUCCAUAUUCCUAAUCACAAGUUCACCGUGAGCGUCGUUAGGAACCUUAGUCAGAAAACACACUGGCGAAUCAAAACGCACCUGGCCAUCAGUCAUUUAGACGCUGGAAAGAUAGCCCUCAUCGUCGCGGACAUGCGGAAAGUAUUGGCGAAGCAUUCUCAAGUUGAGCACAAGAGAUUGCACAGACGCGUUUUCCUGGACUAUGUUCACCCAGAGAGCCAGGCCUUACAUGUAAGUACGAUAGAUGUUCUUGUUUGUCUUCGCCUAGUUACCAUCCCUCAAUCGUUUCAGGUUUUGGUGUCGUGCUUUGUCAAGACAUCCCACUUCGAGGAGUACCUCCGAGUGAAGGAGACGAUAUUGCUCGAUAUCCUAAAAGUAAUCAGUCACCACAACGCACGGCUGGCGACUCCAAUUCGCUCGAUACAUCGAGUUUCAGCAGACGAGCCGCAACAGGCUCCGGCCAGCAAGUACGACAGGCCACUUCUCAUAAGUGAGAGCUCGGUGCUGUCGUCAGAGCAUCCGCUAACCAGAUCAAAGUCACAGUCCGAGAUUGUGGCCGAGAACAUCGACAAGAGUCAAGGCAAUCCGGGUGAAGCAAAGCCUCAACUCGCGGGCCUGGAUUCCAUGGGCCUGAAUUCGAAGGACAUAACACUGCUAGGAGCGGCGUUCGGGAAAUCUCACGCAAAGCUGCCGGUCGAGGGGGAAGAAUCUCCUCAACCGAAACCGGCGGAGAUAGAUGGUGAAAAUGCACAGGUUGUCCGAGGCAAGAUCUACGUGCAGGACGAUGCCAAAGAGCAGAUUGUUGGCAGCGUAAGAGCAGUGAAAGGAGAUGGAAACGGCAAGAAAGGCCUGCCGAGAUCUUCGUCGGUAGAAGAGAACUUAGUUCUCGGCGUUGCUUUGGAUGGAUCAAAGAGGACAUUGCCUCUCAAUGGUCCAGAAACCAAUACAGAUGUUAAAAGGUUGUAAAUAACACUUACAAAACAGAAAAUCGCUCUUGUA